UCCAUUCUUGUGGUCGCAAACCCGUCUUGUUGUUCUCUCGAGCUUUCUCUUUACUUCCUCCUUUUCCUUCUUCUUCUCUUUGUCCUUUCACAUUUAGUCGAAAAAACGAGUCUUUAUGUAUUGAAUCGAACUCAUAAGCCACGAUGCAGCCAUCAAAUGCGGCUGCGCAGGAACAAAUUGAAGUAUUUAGUGUCAAUAGAUUGACUCGUUUGGCAGAUUACGGGCUUAAGACCUUGAAUUCAGAUGGGUGUUCUUUGUUGCCGCCAAAUUUCUUGUAUUUUGAUGGAAUUGGAGGAUCUGCAGGAUCGAAGAAGAAAUUCAAAGGCGUGACUUCACUGAGCUUUAGCAGUAGAACUGGUUCGACGUUUAGGAGACUGUUCAACGAGUUUAACAGUGCCUUGAAGUUUCAUACUGAAAGAAUUCCGCUUGAAUUCGCCUCUAUUCGGACUGGUGUAGGAGAAAAUAACGGCUCAGGAGAUAAUGAAUUUGGAGUUUUGGAUGAUGAAGGAGUGCAUUCAAACGCUAUUCAGCCUGAUAGACCUAAAAAUGUGCUUAUAUUGAUGAGCGACACUGGUGGUGGCCACAGGGCUUCUGCAGAGGCAAUCAAGGCGGCUUUUAAUGAAGAAUUUGGCGAUGAAUACCAGGUGUUUGUAACUGAUUUGUGGACUGAUCAUACUCCAUGGCCGUUUAACCAAUUGCCAAGAAGCUAUAGCUUCUUGGUGAAACAUGGACCCCUAUGGAAAAUGACUUACUAUGCUUCUGCUCCUCGUUUGGUGCAUCAAUCUAAUUUUGCUGCCACUUCUGCAUUUAUAGCUAGAGAGGUCGCUAAUGGUUUGAUGAAAUACAAGCCAGAUAUUAUUAUCAGUGUACACCCUCUUAUGCAACACGUUCCUCUUCGUAUCUUGAGAGCAAAAGGUCUUCUGAAGAAGAUAGUGUUUACCACUGUUAUUACAGAUUUAGCUACUUGUCAUCCAACAUGGUUUCAUAAACUAGUGACGAGAUGUUAUUGCCCAACAGAAGAGGUUGCAAAAAGAGCUAUGAAAGCUGGACUUCAGCAGUCUCAAAUCAAGGUCUUUGGCCUUCCCGUACGACCGUCCUUUGUGAAAUCGAUGGGUGCAAAGGAUGGAAUGAGAAGAGAACUAGGAAUGGAUGAAGAUCUUCCUGCUGUACUACUAAUGGGUGGUGGUGAAGGAAUGGGUCCAAUUGAGGCAACCGCAAAGGCACUUGGAAACUCAUUGUACGACGAAAAACUUGGGGAGCCAAUCGGCCAAUUACUCGUGAUAUGUGGUCGCAAUCAAAAACUUGUUAACAGGCUGCUUUUAAUUGACUGGAAGAUACCUGUCCAGAUUAAAGGGUUUGUCACAAAAAUGGAAAUUUGCAUGGGAGCAUGCGACUGCGUUAUUACGAAGGCCGGUCCAGGAACUAUAGCUGAAGCCAUGAUCAAAGGACUUCCCAUUAUUCUCAAUGAUUAUAUUGCUGGACAGGAAGCUGGAAAUGUUCCGUUUGUGGUUGAGAAUGGAUGCGGAAAAUUCUCAAAGUCGCCUAAAGAGAUAGCUAGAAUCGUAUCACAAUGGUUUGGUCCAAAAGCGGACGAACUGAAAGCCAUGUCUAUGAAUGCGUUGCGGCUGUCGAGGCCCGAUUCUGUAUUUAAGAUUGUACAUGAUCUACAUGAACUGGUUAGACAUAAAAGCUAUGUACCUCAGCUUACCCAAACUGGUUAGAUUAUCAUUUACCUAGAACUGCUUUUUGUGUCCAAGUUUUUCUUUCUUUUUUUUGGCUUAGAAUUGUUUUUUGUUGUAACAAUUGAGUUUUAAUUUAUGUCUUAUGUCGAAAAUGAGAUAAAAUAGCAAGCUAAAUAAUGAUUUUUUUUUUGUUUGGA